UUUGACACUAGAAAUAAUUGAAUUUGAACUUCGAAUUUCAUUGUUAUCAAUUUCAAUUUGUUUAUAUAUUUUAUCAAAGAGUUCAUAUUAAGUAAACACCUUUAUUGGUUUGAUGUGGUGAUAUUAGAUAUACCUUUGCCUUUUCCCUGAGGGAAAAAUAAAGAAAAAAAUAAUAAUUUAUGUGGUCGUGAACUACCACAACAAUGAAUAGAGAUAAUCUUUCAGAGUUUUCAACAAUAUGCCGUACUUGUCUACAUAAGGGGGCAAAUAACCCGAUAUUUGCCGAUAAAAAUAACGCUCCCAGAUAUUCCGAGAUGCUCUUUAAUGUGACGGGUGUAAAGGUGGAAAUAGACGACACACUACCACAGAAUUUAUGUGACAAUUGUUUAAACAACAUCAGUAAUUCGUUACACUUUAGAAAACAAUGCAAAGAAGCAGAAACACAACUGUUAAUUAUGAAAACUAAAGUUGAAAAUGACCAAUACAAUGGGGAAAUUAGAAUGGAAAUAGGAUCAGAUAUAAAACAUGACAACCAAUCACUACAUAACAGCAAUGCAUCAAUUACUUUAGAUACUAAAAUAAAGGAUGAGAAUAUCGAAAUCCAAGCAAAAGAGACAUCUCAUGACGGCAAAAAAUCUCAUAUGAAGACUGAAAUAAUGGAAGUUUUAAUCAAUGUAACUGAUGAUAAUAAACAAAAAGACAACAGUAGAAUGAAAACAGUGCUAUGUGAAUUGUGCAAGAAAACUAUAUGGAAAAAUAAAUACAAUGCUCAUAUUAUUAGAAAACAUAAUCCCACUGGGGAAAGAAAUGUUAUGUGUAAUUUAUGUAGUACUUAUUUUAGUGAGAAACAGUUGAAUAAACAUAUCAAAUCAAAACACUCGAAAAGUACACAUCAAAAGAUUAUUGCGGAGGGUAUUGCCUUAACUAAAUCCAAAAAGAACAAUAGUUUGAAGAACAAAUUGUUUAAUUCAGAAAUUAAUAAUAUCAAAGAUAAAAGACGCAAAAGAAAAGAAAGAAAAGAAAUCAUGAACCAUGACAAAUUAAAUGCAUUUCCAAACAGAAACAGUUUACUGAAUAAAUCAUUGAAUUCAGAUAAUGAAAACAUAUGUUGUGAGAAACAAUAUAACAAUACUCUAAUAAAUAAAAAAGUUGAAAGUAGUUGCAAUGAUGAACUUUUAAAAACAGAACCUAAUGCAACAGUUCCCACAAACAAUAUUUUAUACAAUUUUAACGACACAGUUUCAAAGAGGGUGACAUGUAAGCUGUGCCAAAAGGAUUUGUCUAUACGUAGCAUUGACUCGCAUAUGGCUAGACACCAUCCUGGCGCUGACAAAAGAAGAGUCAAGUGCGAUCUAUGCGAUAAUUAUGUACUAAAAAGCAAACUUAACAGGCAUAUAGCUUUAAUGCACAAUUCGGGUUUUUUAUGUCGGUACUGUAAAAGCAAUUAUGAUAGUAAAGAGGGAUUAGUUGAACACAUCAGCCAUUGCACUCAAAAGAAGAAACGGAGAAUCUGUGAAUCUAGCCGCGAGCUGCGUCAGUGCGACGAAUGCAAUAAGACGAUGCAGAGAGGCAGUCUGAAGUUGCACAAGGCGACCGCACAUGCGGGCCUGAGGCCGGCGUGUAAGCACUGUGGCCAAACCUUCGGCAACAAGCUCCGCCUUCACGACCACUACCGGGCGAAGCACGGCUACGAGAAGUUUAAGUGCUCGAGCUGCGACUUCCAGAGCGCAUGCGCGCUGUCCAUGAGGAAUCACGAGCGCCGGCACCGCGGCGAGAAACCAUUCCUUUGCGAGGCGUGCGGCGCGGACUUCCACGCCGCAUACCUUCUGGCGCAACACCGACAGUCGCACGCCGCGGGCAAGGCUUUCCAGUGCGACAUCUGUCCCGCCGCGUUCAAAGUGAAUAACACCCUGCAUAUGCACAAACGCUCAUGCCACGGCACGAGUAAGUAUGCGUGCACGAUUUGCGCACGCACGUUCCGCACCAGGCAUUACGUGGUCAAGCAUAUGCGUGCCGUGCAUCGCUUUACCGGGCCAGUGCCGCCCAUGCAGCCGAUUGAAUGAAAUACAAUGUUUAAUGAACAUUAAAA